GUCAUGGGGCAUGUGGGACUUACUCCUCAGGCAAUUAGUGUGUUAGGGGGAUUUAGGCCUCAAGGGAAAAAUGUCUCCAGUGCUGUCAAGGUUGUGGAGACUGCACUGGCUUUGCAGGAAGCUGGAUGUUUCUCGGUUGUUUUAGAAUGUGUUCCGCCACCCGUGGCUGCUGCAGCCACAUCUGCCCUUCGGAUUCCUACAAUUGGUAUUGGAGCUGGACCUUACUGUAGUGGACAGGUCAAUUUUUGAAUCUUGUUCCAUGAGAAUUUCUAUUUUUUGCUUCUACUUGGGCUGGUCCAUUUGCUGUCAAAUUUAUGCCAUA